AUGGCGGCGCCUGGAUGCGCGGCUGCGGCUGCGGCUGCGGCUGCGGCGCCGGCUGCGGCUGCGGCGCCGGCUGCGGCUGCGGCGCCGGCUGCGGCCGCGGCGCCGACUGCAGCUGUGGCUGCGGCUGUGGCUGCGGCUGCGGCUGUGGCGGCGCCGGCCGCGGCUGCGAGUCCGGCGGUCGCGAUCACGCCCGAGAGCUCCAUCGAGGAGCAAAUAUCGCGUUACAUCGAGCAGCAGAGCGCGAGCCUCCCCGGACCGCCAAAGAGCUUCGAGUGGGACGUGACCAACUACUCGCUGCUGUCUGGCACGGGGUCGGAGGCUGACGCGGCCGUUCCGUGGUCGCACUCUGGCCGCUCACGCUCGGCCUCGACCUGCCAGCUCCGCGUCAAGAUGGAGCGGCCGCCGCUGCAGGUGUGGCGCGAAGACGGCGGGCCGCUGCCCGAGCGCGCCGCCGUCCUCCUCUCCGCCGUCACCGUCGACGUCGCCUGCGAAGCGGCCACCUCGUGCGGGCUCGAGGGAGGCACGCUUCGGCCGCUCGUGUCGGGGUCAGCCUCCUUCACCUCGCUCUCGUUCAAGACGACCUCGUACAACCUCAAGGGGCGGCACAUGCACCUGAUGGCGUCGCUGCUCGUCCCGCGCGUAGAGGCGACCGCCGCGGUGACCGACGUGAGGGCGCGCGCCGCGUCGCCGGCGGCUGCGAAGGCUGCGAUGACGCUCGCUGCUGGCGCCGCGGGCAUGCCGCUGCCAAGCACGCCCGACGCGGCGGCCGUGGUGAUGGUCCAAGCUCCUCCGCAGACGGACCCGCAGCGGCUGAGUGCGGCCAUGUGCAUCGCGGCGGCGCUCAUCUCGCCGCCGAUCCGGGUGGACGCGAGGAAGAGGAACCCGAAGGAGCGCGCGGGCAGCAAGGCGGCGGGCGGCGGUGCCAGCCGGGCGGGGGGCGGGGGAGGCAGCGGCGGCGGCGGCGGAGCCGGCGGCGGCGGCGGCGGCGGCGGCGGCGGCGUCGCGGCGCACUUGCCGUUUGCGCCGGACAAGCUCGACCGCGUGCUGGAGAAGGUGGACAAGGGCCUCGUGCGGCAGCCGAUCGACAACUCCAUCGAUGGGCUGCGCAACUACCUCUCUGCGGUCAACAUCCGCAACAAGUGCAAGCACCCGCUCUUCCUCGCCCUCCGCUUCGACGCAUGCAUCGGCCUGCUCUACGACUCCUCCCGCGCCGCAAACCCGGCGCACACCCGGCGACUCCUCGAGAAGGCGGCGGACCUCGCCGCCGACGAGCCGUUCGAGAGGAUGAUGGCGGUGCUGACCGCGACCGAGGACCGGCCCCUCCGCCUCGAGGCGUACCAGGAGGCGGCCCUCAAGGCGCAGCUCGAGCCGGAGCAGGCUCUCCGCCUCUCCUGCAGAGAGCGACCUCCGCGAGUCUCCGUCACGGCCGUCCAGCACGAGCACGACGCCGCAGACGGCAUACCGCCGCCGGCGAGGCUCAUCAACGACCUGGUCGCCACCUACUUGCCCGAGUACGUGAUCGCCGUCAAGUCGCACCACGGCAGCGGACCGUGCGGCCUCGCCGACUGCCCCGUCCGCCUCUCGGCCGCUCUCUCGCUGCCGCAUUGCGACGCCCUCCCCUCCACCUACACGCUGAUGAGCGCGCAAGAGCUCGGCGUGCUGCGCCGCACCUACUGCCGGCUGCAUUGCGCGAGCGAGUGCGCCGCAAAGGCGGUCGGCGCCCCCGCGCCCGCCGCGCCGCCGCCGCCGUGGGCCGCCCCGGCCCCGGCGUCCCAGCUGGCCGACAACCAGCGCCCGCCGGCGAUCCAGUACGGAGGCCUUGCGACCGUCCUGCCUUGCGGCGAGGCUGGCGCAUCGUACGCCGCCUUCGCACCCGACGGGCUCAUCUCGGACCACACGACCGAGCAUUUGCUGCAGCCGUGGCGCACGGGCGACUCCCAGACUCACCGCCCUCGCCCCAGCUGCUCACCCGCUGCUCUUUCCGCCGUCAGGCACCGCGCCUCGGGGAGGACAUACGGCCCUACGUCGGUCGGCUGGUGGGGGGACGCGUCGGGCGCGAACCUCGCGGGCAGCCGCGGGCAUCGGCUGGCGAUGGAGGUUCGGCAGGAGGUCAGCAGCUCGCUCAGCUCCCACUCUCACUCAUGCCCUGAGGAGGAGUGGGAGCGAACCCUCGUCGUCCUCGCCUCGGCGAUGGCCUUCCACUGCCGCUCGACCGGCGUCACCGCCGCAGAGCUCUCCGCCUUUGCGCGCAGCGGCGGGUACGGCGCGCAAGCCUCUAGAUGUGCAGGCACCGGAGGCACCGAGGACCUGUCCCGCAAGCGACCCGCCACCCAGGCCUCGCUCCACAUGGGCCAGGGCCCGCCGCAGUACGGCGGGACGCCGCAGCACAAUGGCGGCGGCGGGGGCGGCGGCACCACCACGCCGCUCCACUACCAGUACCCGCACCGCGCCUUCCCGCACCCGCCGGGCGUCUGCCCGCCCGGCAUGGGCCCCACCGCCGAGGCCACCUUCGGGGAGGGCGGGGCGAUGGACUGCGACGGCGUGGCGCAGGAUUGGGGGGACGACUUCCUGGGCCGCGUGUGA